CCCUGAUCUAGACCAUGUAAAAAUAUUUUCUUUCAUAUUUUCAUUUUUGGAACAUAGAAUAUUAUAAAAAACACAUAACAGACUCAUAUAUUGAAUCCUUCUUUAAAAUCAAGAUGGUAAGCUGCUUUGUAUAAUAUAGUAUAAUACUAAAUUGUAUAAUAUAUUAUUGUUGUGCCCCAGGCUCAAUAAAACCAGAGCACUUCAUGAGAUGACAAGCUCCAUAUUUUAAGAAUAUAGUCAAAGAACCCACUCUUUCCAAAGCUGUUCUGGCAUGCAUAAUAAUUUGAAAUCACAUUCUCUGAGUUCAAGGUCCAUGACAUUUCUUACACACCAGCAUAAAAAAAAAAUUAUUGUCUCUUUUUAAAUUUUCUUUCAGGGGGUCCAAUAAACAAAAUAAUGCUUUUGGUGGAGUUAAUGUCAUGUUUAGAUGAUGAGUAUAUUUGAUAUUUCUUAACACUUGACCCUCCAAAAUUGGAUAUUCCGAUUCCUCAUUCUGCAAUUCAGGUAUAUAACUAAUACUUCCAUUUAACUUUUUAAUUUUUUAUAAAAAUGAAUUUUUGAUCCACGCAGUGCAUUUCUUAAAGCUUCUGAAGUUGCGGGACUUGGGAGGCUGUUAAAACAUCUGGGCCAUACUGUUGAAUUCAGAUGUUUCAGCAGUAGGUAUUACCAAGCAAAUAUUGUAGAUAGUCAACCCAGAAUUUCUCAAAGCAUUUAAACCAGGGGUGAAAUCUAAAAAUUUUCCCUGCCGGUUCUGUGGGCGUGGCUUAAUUGGUGGGUGUGGCUUGGUGGUCAGAUGACUGGGUGGGCGUGGCCAAUAACAAUAAAUAAUAAAAAUAAUAAAGUAUAAAAAAACAAUAAGAGGUACCAAAAACCAACUUUCACACUUUACACACACACAACACAACACAACUGACUCACACACAAUGUAAAAGCAGCUGCACUUCACACUUCACACAGCCACAAAAAGCUCGAAAACCAACUUUCAUACUUUACACCAACACAACACAACACAACUGACUCACACACAAUGUAAAAGCAGCUGCACUUCACACUUCACACAGCCACAAAAAGCUCAAAAUCCAACUUUCACACUUUACACACACACACACACACACACACACACACAAAAUACCACAUACAACUUUCUGAGAUUUUGUGUACUUGUGUAGUUAGAGUGAAACACUACAGAAACACACCAAAUCUCAGAAAGCUACACAAAUAUUUUAUUAUUUUAUUUAAUUUUAUUGUGGACUUCAAUUCCCAGAGUUCCUCACCAGACAGCAUUAAUCACUCAGUGGUGAAAUAGAUUAGCUAAGUUUAGAUUAGUUCAGUCUAGUGCUAAAAGCAAAGCUGGGGCUUUCUGGCUGUGAGAAAAGCCAUGAAGUUGAUCAGUAAUCAGGUAAGUGGCUUAGACUCUUUUAAAAGGAGUUUUUCUACAUGUUUUCUACAGAAAACAUGUUUUUUAAGGUUCUGCUGAUGAGGAACUCAGGUGAGAUCCCCAGAGUAGCCUUUAAUUUUAAUUUUUAAGUUUAAAGGCUGCUGAUCCCAGCUGAGGGGCAGGAUCCUCAAAGGCUUUUUUUUACUUUUAAAGGCAGGUUUCAGCUGAAGCAAAACCGGCUUUUAAAAGUAAAAAAAAAAAAAACCUCUGCAGAUGGUGCAGCUCAGCAGAGGCAGGGGGGCGGGGCCAGGGAUUUUUGCUACCGGUCCUCCGAACUGGCAGCCGCCAUCGCUACCGGAUCGCGUGAUCCCAUCCGAUCUGGGAGCAUUUCACCCCUGAUUUAAACAUUUGAAAUCAACUGAUUUUGAACUCAAGAGUUGGAACAAAAUACUGUAUUUUUCAGAGUAUAAGAUGCACCUUUUUCCCCAAAAAAAGAGGGUGAAAAUUUGGAUGCAUCUAGACCCGCCCAGCUCUUCAAACUGAGGUUUCAGAGACUGAAAAAAGCAUCAGAAACAAAGCUUCAGAAAAGAAGCCCCCAAACAGAGCUUCAGAGGCUUUUUUUCUGAAGCUCUGUUUCGGAGGCUUUCAGAGGCAGAAAAAAGUUUUUUCUGAAACAGAGUUUCAGAGGCAAAAAAGAAAAAAGAAAAAAGCAAGGCACAGAGCUCACAACCAAGGAACCUGUUGCUAAAAUUCACCUCUGGGAACAGCUGAUUGGGGGUAUUCUGGGAGGCCAAUCCACCUGCCAAUCAGCGUUUUUCUUAUUUUCCUCCCCAAAAACAAAGGUGCAUCCUAUAGUCUGAAAAAUAUGGUAUUUUCCCUGUUAUUUUCAAAUCUGAUUAUUUAGCAAUUUCAGUUUCUUGUAUGAUUUGGAAUUAAAGCGUAACUGCUUAUCUAUCAAUAAAAAAAUAGAUUUGGCAGCCAAGUUCUCUAUAUCCUGAAGUUUGCAAAAGUCUUGGAAAGGUGUUUUCCUCCCUGCCCCCCAUUAGAAGAAGUCCACUACUGAAGAGAAGAACUGAUGCCAGAAACACAAAUGGCUGCUAGGGAUCUGCAGCUGUAUAAAAGUGGAGGAUAAAAGGCAAAAGAGGUUCAGGAAGCCUGAAAUUCCAAAGAUAUCCCAUGUACACCUCAGGGUGUCACGGCCACCAAUGACCAAGAAACCAGCUUCUGUACAGCCUUUCCAAAACAAAAAUGACAGCGAUAACAUCUCAGGGCUACCUGAGAUCUUGUUCUCUCUGUUUCAAGAGGAAAUUUUAGAGUUAGAGUUCACAUAAAAAAAUUAAACAACUAGAUAAGGAACACAUUGAUUUUUAUGGUCAGUUUAACAUAACAUUAACAUAAGAUACAUUGUGUCCAAAUCUGUCCUCCAGAAAUCUAAUCUAAUCUCAGCAAACCGAAUGGGGAUGUAUUAUGCUGCCAGUUCUUUGAGAAAUCAAGCGUGGCUAGUUUGAAUGGCAACUAUGAACAUCAAGGCAAGAGAAAAUCUGGAGGAAGGUAUGAGGGGAAGCUUUAAAUAUCAGCAGGGUACACUGAGAAACAAAGUUUGCCUCUGGAGAAGGAGCCAGGAAUAACAGAGAAUAAGGUGAGGAAACAACAGUCACUUUCUUUUGUAACAAACUCCUUAGGAAAGCCAGUAUGAUGUAGUGGCAAGGCACCAGAUUAGAAACUUCCAGUUCUAGUGAAGCAUAAAAACUAGCUGGUGACCACAAGCCAUUCACUUACUUUCAGCCCCAGGAAGAAGGUCAAUAGCAAAACAUCUCUGGAAAAGAUUAUCAAGAAAAUAUAUGGAGUUGAAAAUGGAGACACCAGCAAGGAUGUUUGAUUUGACACUUAUAAAAAUAAAACACCAGACAAUAAUUCUUAUCCUAACAUCGUCCUUCUUGCCUCAACCCCAUCUCCCCUUAGAAGGUGACUGUCUUUCUUGGGCUGGCAUAGAAACAGCUCAGUUUGUUGACUGUUGAUGCAUCUUACAGUCUCUUUUUUUCUCUACAACCUCUGUAUCUCAGCCUUGCUUUAUUUCGUUAGGAGUGAGUCACACAAGAACAACACUUUAAAUCUUCAUCCAUAGGAUGAAGCUCCCAUAAUCCUUCCCUAUAUUUCUAUUUUUGAUUCAUCCUUUUCUGAUUUUGGAGUCUGCCUUGUCUUCCCACCCCACAAAACAUCCCACAGAUCUCUUUGCUGGGAGCAGUCCAUUCUAGAACAUUUUGAACUAAGAGUCACAAUUUGCCUUGGGUGCGUUCUCACUCAACCCACUUCCAGAAAGACUGCUAAGGAAAGAAAGCACCUUUUUAUAAAUAUCCACUUCAUGUAUUCUUAAUCAUGUUUAUACUUUUAUCUGUAAUGUUAUAGAUUAUUGACAAAAAUAAAUAAAUACCUCUGCCCUAAGCAUUGAGCUUCAUGAAGAGCAAGAAAUGGAUUCUACAGAAUCACAUGGAUUUUUCCUAGCCAGCUUCCUGGUCCUUGUGUUCUUGCAAGAUCUCACAGAGGCCUGCAUGUGUGCGCAAUUAUCUCUCCAGAAAGCAUGUUUCACAGCUAAGUUUGUGAUGAGGGCCAAAUUUAUGAGCAUCAUGCCGGAUCCUGAAUCUCCAUCAUAUUCACCCAAAAAUGUCUAUACUAUUCAACCCAUUGAAGUAUACAAGGGUCCAAAGGAACUAAGAAAUUCACAGUUUCUCUACAGCCCAGUCUCAGAUAAUCUCUGUGGAUAUGUACAUAAAGGCCCUCUCAAAGGAGAAGAAUACCUAUUUUCAGGGUCAAUUUCUGACAACCGUUUUAAAAUCUCAAUGUGCAGCUUCGCAGAACCAUGGGAUAAAGUAACUUCUGAACAGAAAAAAAUCCUGAAAGAAGGAGGUUAUAAGGGCUGCAGUGUCUCCUGACCCAAGUCAUAAAAUUCAUGGUCUUCACUGUCAAUAUGCUAGUGCUUAGAGAAUGAGAAAUAAACUAGAUGUACCUGAAUGCUUAUUACAAGAAAGCAAAUAUUCAAAACAAGAUGAGCAGCAAAUAAAUCUAAUAAAUGAAAUGA